CGCGCGCACACACACACACACACACACUGUAGUUGGUAGCUGGUUAGCAUUGGACACAGUCUAUUUCUUUAAUAUAUUCACCCUAAAAAAUCAUGAGCGAUAACGACAAAGGUUACGGCGAUCGGGUAUGUAUGAACUUUAAGAAGGCUUCAUUAUAAUGGACCAAAGCAUCAUUUAGUUGAUUGAAAAUUAAAAGGUUACCUUCUCUUUGUACUGUGUUGGCUAAUGCUGGUUAGCUAAAGUUUGCUGCCGCGCAUAAGUUUGCUGUCGACUACUGUUAGAGAAACAGUAUGUGAUUUCCAAAACACAAAUUUGUCUCAUUAGAUUUAUUCAACGAGUAAACGAUAACAAUGUUUCCUAGUGUAUAGACAGCUUUAUCGUCUGUCCAAAUUACUCGGCAGUCUCAGCGUUAGCCUGCUAGCUAACGCUUGCCUGUUGGUGUUAACUAGGCCUCAGGCCUGCAUGUGCGGGCGAUGCAAACUGCAAAUGUCGGUGCCAACUUUAGGCGACCAGCAAGCCAAAAUGGAAUUAGAAUAAAUGGUGUUAGAUUUAUUGGUAGUGCUAAUUCAUUUAAGCUCAUUUUCCAUGUUAUAUAAUGUUGUUGAAGCAGCCUUACUGACCUAAGCAUGUUAAACAUAGCGUUAAGUUACCCGCGAACUGAAACCGAAUCUAAUAUGGCUACAUUAAAUACAAUAAUUUAUUAGAAUUUACCAUUUCCGUGUCGUGUAAACUAUUCUGUCUUAUUUUAACAUUGUAAAAAAUUACGUGCGAUAGAUAAAACCCGUAUUGAACAUUAAAUCUGACGAUUUUUCGUGUAGAUUUUCUUUCCCGGGGCGUGGGCCGCGUGGUUCCAUGAUUAAGUUAACCGACAUUAUGAUAGUAUACCGUUUAGGAAAUCUACCAGCAAUACGAAUGACCUCAAGAUUUAUUCUCAUUCGUUUGCAUUAACUCCCACGUGUCGCCCUUAUUUGUACAUGCAGAAGUGACCAAGGGUUGUCUUGGCUACAACAUGACGAUACCAUGAUUCAGUGUGCAGCGAGUCAGAAAAUAGAUUAGACCCGUGUUCGUGUGUCUGCACAUAUUAGAAAGCUGAAAAAUUAAGAAACCCCCUCUAUAUCCCGUUAUAUAAUAUACCGUGCACGCUGUAUGCACCAUGCAUAGGCUCUUUGAGGAAUCUAGAGCAGUUAGCUGUAAUUAAAAAUUUAAUGUAAUGUAAAUGAGCUCCAUAUAAAGGUCACAAUAAAUGUUAAAGAGUUAAAUGAGAUCUGAGCUGUAUGAGGAUAUUUUUGACACCAGAAAUGAUGGAGGAGCAUGUUUUGAACUAAUUUUCCCACCAGUUUGCAUGGAAAUUGAGUUUUUUUUUUUAACAGUUUGUGCUCUUUGGUGUCAAAAUUAACUCUUCAGUUCAUAUGCACAUCAACUUCACCAAUAUGAUGAUAUGAAGCUCAUCAUAUGUAGUCUUUAUGAAGAGUAGCAAUUUAACUAUCACAAUUAAUUAUUUGACUAUUUAGUGUUAGCAUUAUAUAUGCGAGAAUGGACUUGCAGUUUUUGAUAUCACAAAGUUUUUACAUUUGUUUUUUUUUUUUCAUUGAGGUAUUGCAAUCAUGUUUCAUAAAUAUAAGAUCUAAAAUGAAAAAAUCAACUAUUAGAUGUAUAAUAUAAUUUAAGAACACAUGCAGAAACCCUAUUACUGCAAAAGUAUAAGUACCUAUAUGUGUAUUUUGUGUUGUAUUUAUCACCUGAUUGUGACCUCAGUCUUGAUUUAGUUACUAUGUAUGUUGUAGUUGACUGAUAAGUUUUCAUGUUUGUCUUGCUAAACAGUGCUAGUGAUGUAAGUCAAUAUGAAUGAGUAGCAGCAGCAUCUUGAGGUCUUUUGUGCUAGCUUAGGAAGUAACAAUGACUACUCAUAUUUAUGAAAGUAUGCCUCUCAGUUGGCAUUAUUCACAUUCAGGGGUUUACCGUGAUCUACAAUGACUUAGGGGCCACUUAAGUUAUGUCAGUGGUGUCCAGUUGGAUACUUAGUUUUAAUGAACAUCAUUUUCUUUAUUACAGAAGAAAUAGAGGUACAAAAUGGAAGGUAAUCAUAGUCAAGGCUCAGCCAAAUACAGAUUAUAUUGCUGUUCCAUGUUUACCUUUCACUUUUGGCUAUAACUUAAGGUAUCUAUAUUUAUCUUUAAAAUAUUUGUACACUUUAUAGUGUACUACAAGUGGCCUUUAAGACAUGUGGAUUUAGAACCACUGAAAGUGAAACCCUGUAACUAACAUCUAAAGUUUUGUAUUUUGUGGUCUUAAACAUUCCCAUGCAUGUAAUAAGAACAUAACACAUUUAAAGUUUAAUGCGGGUGCAGUUUUAAUUGUAGUUAUAUUCUUCAUCCUUUUCUUUUUCAUAAAGGUUAAGGUUGGACGAAGAAAAUGCGGAAGAAGUCCACUUUAUUUUCAAUAAUAUGAAGCUCAGAUGUGUGAAGCUGAAUUUGUGAAUGCAUGCUAAAACAUGAGGAGGGAAGAAGUAUGGGCAGUGUGUGAGAUGGGGGAAGUAAGAAGAAGUAAGACAUUUGAAGAAAGAAGAAUAAUGUGAAGUAAUGAAGUUACUGAAAUGAAGUUAAGGAAGUAAUCUGGAUAAGGACUCCCGUUCUGGAUCGAGGAGCAUGAGUCCACGUGGCUCAGGGAAGUCGGCAAGCCGAUCCCCUGCUCGCUCACCUGCUCGGUCUAAAGAGGGAUCCCGUCAAUCCCGCUCCAAAUCACGAUCUCGCUCCAGGUCAAAGUCUGGGUCCCAUUCCCAUCGUGGCUCACGCAGACACUACAGCCGAUCUCGCUCCCGUUCAAGAUCCUAUCGACGCCGCUCUCGCAGUAGGUCCUACAGUGGAGAACGCCGGCGCAGGAGCCACAGUCGCUCCCCCAUGUCCAAUCGCCGCAGACACAUCGGCAACCGCGCUAAUCCAGACCCAAACUGCUGCCUGGGAGUGUUUGGCCUGAGUUUGUACACCACAGAGAGGGAUCUGAGGGAAGUCUUCUCAAAGUACGGCCCCCUUGCAGAUGUCAGUAUCGUGUACGACCAGCAGUCGAGGCGCUCCAGGGGCUUUGCCUUUGUCUACUUUGAGAACACAGAUGACGCAAAAGAGGCAAAGGAGCGAGCGAAUGGCAUGGAGCUGGAUGGUCGAAGGAUCCGCGUUGACUUCUCCAUCACAAAAAGACCUCACACCCCAACUCCCGGUAUCUACAUGGGCCGUCCCACAUACGGUGGAGGUGGUCCGAGUGGUCCUCGCCGCUAUUCACGUGACUAUGACCGAGGAUAUGAUCGCGGAUACGACAGAGGCGGGUACGAUCGCUAUGACGACAGGGAUUACUACAGAUCAUACAGAAGGCGAUCUCCUUCACCGUACUACAGAGGCGCAUACAGGUCCCGGUCCAGAUCCCGGUCUUAUUCUCCACGCCGCUACUGAACAUUUGCAUCCAAGACAAACUUCAUCCUCCCCCCGAAGCACAGAAAGAAUUAUAUUUGACUGGUACAUGAUCUUAAUUUUACUAUGGAAUUUAUGGUGAUCAUCAAAAUCUGUAACACUCAUGAGCAGUUUGAGAAACAUUUGUUAAACACUUAAUGUGACACAUUAAGUCCAUUCACGUUUUAAUUUUAAAUGUAUAGGAAACAUGCUGUCAAUGUCAUUUUUUAUUUUGUUUUUUUGUAUGCAGUUUGAGUGCAAAAAUUCAUGUUUAAGGAAAUUAAAGCAAGAUGCGUUUUUUUUUUUUUUCGUUUUGAGUCAUGUCCUUUCUUACAGCACGUCUCUAUAGUCUUUAACCAUUUGCUGUUACAAGACUGUAAUCCAGACAAAGAUGUACAGUGUUAAAAUUGUUUUUUCUCUCAGUUGAUGUUUUCUUUAAAAAUAAAAUUGUUUGCUACA